CCUCAACUGCAGUACUUGCGUCUUCUCGCCUCCUGCCUCUCCCUGAUCGACAACUACCAGCGCCACCACCCCUCCUCGCCGCCCUUCCACCGUCUCAUCCACUCCCGACUCGACUCCUACUGGUCCGCCCCGCCCUCCCUCUCCUCCGCCUUCCCCCCUUCGCUUCCUAAUACCACCGCAUCUUCUUUACCUGCUGAAGAUGCUGCCAGGUCUAGUUCUACCAGGGGGACCGCAGAAGGACAAGAGACCGCAGAGGUAGCAAAGGGAGCGGAAGAGGAAGCAAACGCAACAGCAUAUGCAGAUGCAGAGGAACAGGAAAAGGAGAAGGAUGAGAAGGAGGAGGAGGAGUGGGUGGUGCCGUUUGGUUCCGAAUACAGUGGAAUCAACGACGCCUUUGGAAUGGGCUCUCUGGAAGCUGCCCGGAAAGUGCUCUCGCGGCUCUCCUCCCUGCAAGAGCUCGUGAAAGCAGGCCUCAGCAACCUCUCCCCAGAGGCAACCCUCAAGGCGCAUACAGAAUCCACAGGCGUCCACGUGGCGCGAGCUGAUUGGCCGCUGUGCACCGUGAGCCACCAGACAUUCAAGCACGGGCAGCAGGGGGAGGUGCUGAUGGCCUCGUUACAGUCACGCGCGAAUCUGAACGGAGCGAAAUGCUGGCCCUGCACGCCCAAAUACACCGGCCUAGAGACUCUCUCCCACAUGGCCUUUGUGCCUGCCUCCAAUUGGAUCCGCUCCCCCUCAGCUGAUCCUGUCAACUCGGGUAGCAACAGCAUACAGCUAUGCGACACCUCCCACCCCUGGGAGCUCGCCUGGACCGACAACUAUGACGCUGCUGCUGGCUCGCGAUUGGCCGGGAUGCGACGGGCUAUCUCGUCCACCAAUUUGAAGCAAUGCGUGCAGCUGAUGGGGCAGCUUCAGCGCCAAACAGCCAACUGGAGCGCCCCUCCCCCUGCUGCCAUCUGUGUGCGAUCGCUGCUCGGCAAAACAUCCUUUGUUGGCUCCUACGGAAUGUCCUUCCCCACGGCCCUCGCUGUUAUCACUCCUAACAGCGUGGUGGGACCCCCCUCGCCUGGACUGCAGGGUGGUGGGAGUCACACCUCCCCUCGCUCCUGCCGGGCCUCUCAGUGCAUCCGCUGGCCUCCUCCCCCCUCCCCUCCACCCCUGCUUCUCCUGCUCACGUCAUCAAG